UCAAUCACCAUGGCUUCUUCCUUCAAACCAUUCCGCUCCUACUUCCUGUUCUUCCUGCUCAUCGUCCUCGCCUACCAGUACGGCCUUUGCUCUAGAAACAUACCCCGGAACCAGUUAGACGUGAAAAAUGGGACCAGAAACACGACACCACAGCGGUUUGACUUCUCCAAGUUCUCCCAUGCAGGCCUCGGCAGCAAGAUCAGCGGCAUGUCGCAACUCAAGAGAUACUUGCACCGGUUUGGCUAUUUGGCGCCACGGCCUAGAGGUUCGAACUUUAGUGAUGACUUUGAUGUCGAGCUCGAGUCUGCUCUUUUUAAGUACCAGAAAAGACUAGGGCUACAGGGAACUGGACGCGUUGAUCCAGAGACGGUUGCCUCACUCAUGUCCCCGAGAUGCAGUGUGAGGGACAUCCACGACUACGAGUCCCCCUCUUCCCCAGAAACAAGUGUGUUCCAUGUGACCAAAAACUACAAGAUCUUAGAUGGUAGGCCAAUAUGGAAUUUGUCGAAGCCAAUGACCCUAAAGUAUGCAUUCUACCCGGAUGACAUGUUCGACUAUCUCAGCCAGGAGGAGAUACGGGCGGCUUUCGCUCAGGCCUUCGCCAAGUGGGCCGAGGUGAUCCCGGUGAAGUUCGAAGAGACAUCAGAUUAUCUUUUGGCGGAAGUUGCGAUUGGGUUCUUCAAGGAGGAACAUGGGGACGGAUCUCCCUUCGAUGGGCCACUGGGAGUACUAGCUCACGCCUUCCCGUACCCUAUUGGGGAUCUUCACCUUGACGCAGAUGAGAACUGGGCGGUGGACUUCAAGACCAACCGAGCACCCCGGGCUAUUGACUUGGAGUCUGUGGCCAUCCACGAGAUCGGGCAUGUGUUGGGCCUCGACCACUCCUCGCUCAAGGAAUCCGUCAUGUAUCCAAGUAUAACUGCUAUGACAAAGAAGGUCGACCUGACGAUGGACGAUGUGGAGGGGAUUCAGAUGCUCUAUGGGCCAAACCCGAAUAUGAACUUGAGCUCUUUGGUGCAGACACACUCGAGCGUUGCUGCAGUUGGUCUACAGAGAAGGCGGAUCCCAUUCGGGUGGACCCUGACUCUGAUCGUUGCACUUUUAUCAUGA